AUGUCAGAUGUGGAAGAGCCAGAUGACCCAUUCGAUGAUGCAACCCAGCUAGAGGAGCAACUAGAUGAGCCGGCAGCAGAGGAAGGAGCGAGCCGUGGCCGGGGCCGGAGCAAAGCGAAAGCAAAGAGCAAAGCAGCAGCAAAGAAGGGGUCGGGGCGAGGGCGGGGGAGGGUGGCUCAAGGUCACUUGAAGGACAAGGACAAAAAGUGCUUCAAGGCCACAUGUCAGGAGAAAGCCAAGCCCCAUUCGAAGUGGUGCGUGAAGCAUUCCAAAGACACAGAGGCAAUGAAGUACCAAGCUAAGUCCCAACAGGACAAUGGUAAAACCUUGCAAAUGUUGGAGGCUGCUUUGAGUGAUGCGAACAAAGCCGAUCUUGCCUUGGAUGAGUUCGAUCGACAGAACCCUCAGGGACGUUUUCGCAAGAACCUGAUCGACUGGAGUGCAUUCCAGCAGAAGUUCGGCAAGCGAGCGGAAGUUCGCAAUCGGUUCGAGGAGGAGCUCAUGGAUGUCACCGCCUAUGUGAAGCACAAGGGUGAUCGUGGGAUCGAUAAAGAUCAAGCCUUGUUGGAUUGGAAAGAACUUCUUGAGACUGAUGCCGAGCGUGAGGGAGAGGGCACCGAGGUGAAGGUGUGGGUCGCCUUGAACAAGAAGCGCAUCAGGGAUGAUAUUUCUUAUCGUGACCACUCUCUUCACGAAGGGACCAAGCAGACCAAGGGCAUGAACAGUUCUGACAGGCCCAUGCUGAUUUCAUAUGUGUGCCCGAAGGUGGAGAUCGCCAUUGCAGGCCCGAAAGCCGUUGAGAAAAAUGAGAGAGUCCUGGCAACUUGCCAGAAGAGUGUGGCAGAUGCUCGCAAAGCUUUGGUGGAUGCAUUGAAGCUUGCAAGGGGGGAUCAGAGUGCAGACCAGUUGCAGAAGGCCUACGAGACCAAUUGCGUUGUGCGCUUGCAGAUGUUAGACAUCUGGGCAGCUCCUUCGCUCGCCCAGAUCCCAAAGCAGAUGCCGCUGCCGUCCCAGGCGAUGUUUGCAACGUCUGGCGUAGAUCAGACUGAUCAGACAACAGGCCCUGGAACUUCGCCUGCAACUGUGCAGCCCCAACCAGCAAAGCAGGAGACAGGUGCAGCCGAGCCGGAUGCAGGUGCGGAGCCUUUGGAAAAGGCUGCUGCACAGUCUGGAACUCCUACAAAGGCCGAUGCCACAGAUGAAAAGGCCCGCGAUGGUGAUGCGGCCACCCCCCCGCCCAAGGGACCCGAUGCCAAGGAUGCUGUCAACAACGAUGGCAACGACAAGUCUGAGACUCAAUCUCAGUCGACUCCUGGUGGCACGGCAGCCAAGCUCAGUAGCUAUUUGCGAAAGGAGAUUGCGGCUGCAGGGAGCAAGGCCCAGCAUGUGGAUCCGGUUGGCAACCUCAUGGCUUUGGCUCACAUGGAGGAGCUCUUGCAGAGCUUCAUGGGUUGCGAUUCCGUUGAUGCAUUGAACAAGGCCGUGAGUGAUCUCAAAAAUGCAGCGGUUGUUGUGAGACAGCUGAAGGAGGGGGCCACGAAAGCAGCUGCUAGCCUGAGGGGCCAUAUCCUCAACCGGCAAAGGGCUCAGCAGCGCAAGAGGCAGCAAGAAUCCAAGCAAGUCGAAAACCAGGAGGUCCAGAAGAAAAAGAAUGAAGCAAAGAAUGCUGCCGAGGAGAUCAAGAAGCAGGAGGCGACCGCACCGCCUCUGUUUCAGCACAACUGGGUCGACUUGAAGGGAUCAGAUGGGGCUGACCUCGCGAAGAUGAUCCACAAGAACUCCGGCCCCGCGAACAGGUCCAUCAACUCGUUCGAUGCCCCGUGCCUCAUUUGCAACUGCAGCUUCCUUUCGGACUUCCAGAAGAACUCCAAGGCCUUCAGCCUUCAUGAUUCUUUGAGGUCUCAGGUGGUCGGUUGGUCAGAUGUGAUGCUGAUGUUGGGUGGGUUCGGUGGGUCUUACAAGAAGAACAACGCCCUCAAGAACUUCGGGAAAUGCCAGGAGAUGGUCUACAAAAACUCCGGACUCGAGGAGUGCAUGGAGCUUUGGGCCAAAACGGAGGCUCUGUUCCACAGUGAUUUCGUUGCAUGCAGUGACAAGAUGGAGAAGUACCUCACUGCAGUGCUCAAGGCCAGUUGGCUCUUCGGCUAUGACAAUCAGGGCACCUUCCUGGGAACAAUGCCGAAUGGAUUGGCCAGCCUGCGCAUGCUCUGCUCCGGCGAGGUUCUCCUCGUGAUGUUCGAGCUGCGCCAGUUGCUUCCGGCCAUGAAGAUUAUCUUGGGCAAGGAUGAUGUUGGUGGCAUCGACGGGGUGAAUGCCUUCUUGAAGAACCUCUCCAUGGAGGAGAUUGUCAAGUUGAAGGACAAUGGAUGCCAAGCCUCGUACAUCGUGCAGCAGGAAGGCCAGAUCGUCUACAUUCCCAUUGGCUAUGUUGUGGCCGAGAAAUGCAUUAAAGGAGUUCUUGUGUAUGGGUUGAGAAAAACCUUGAUGCCUGCAACAGCCAUGGCAUCUGAGAACUAUUCGCUUCUCAGCGGGCUCUUCGAGGAGAGUAAAAAGCCGGUUGAUAAGUUGAAGGCCACCUUGGCUUAUCUCAAUCCGGAUGCAGAGUGA